AUGUACACCCGCACCAUGGUCAGCCCGACUGCAUCCUUCGCCUACACCUUCAAAACGGACCUAACCACCGAUCAAGCCCCCGAAGUCGCGUAUUUCUCGUCUGCUGGUCCGCUCAUCAACCCCGCUAGUGCAACCAGGCUCUCCUUCCCCACCAACGACAUCUUAAAGCCAGAUAUAAUCGGUCCCGGCGUUUCUUUAUGGGCCGCUACGCGGUCUUCGUCGCUCGCAUCGGCUUCUAUCCCCGCUUACGCCAUGCUUAGCGGAACCUCAAUGGCAACUCCGCAUUUAGCUGGAAUCGCGGCGCUUCUUGUCGAAAGAUACCCUGCCUGGACGCCGUCGCAAGUUAUGUCCACGAUUAUUACUACAGCGAGCGUCAAUAAUAACAAAAACGGGCCGAUCGUAACGGGUUCGACUGGAAAUGCGGCGACGCCGUGGGAUAUGGGAGCGGGCCACGUGAAUCCCAACGGUCUAAUGGACCCUGGGCUCACCUUUCCCGCCAACGCUGCAGAUUUUUACAACUUUCUUGCCGGGCAGAAUUUGGUGACCGCCAAGAGUUUUGCUCCAAUCGGAACGAAGCUGUCCCCCAUUUCGGCAUACAAUCUGAACCGCCCGACGAUUUCGGUCUCGCGGCUGAAUAAAACGGUGCUGCUGUCGCGAACGGUGCAGAACGUCGCGAAUACGGUAUCCAACUACACUUCUACAAUCGUUACACCACCUGGUGUUAUUACGGCUAUAAGUCCAAAUAAGUUUACGAUUCCUCCAAUGGGGACCGUAACGUUCGCUCUCCGGUUCACAGUCGCAACGGCGUCUCUUGAUUUCCAAUUCGGAAGCCUGACAUGGAAGGACCAGUUUGGCCACGUGGUGCGGUCGGUGCUGGCGGUCCAGCCUCUCUACAAAUAA